AUGUUGCAUGAGGUCCUAGAUGGGACCCCGGAACAGGAAAAGCCUGCACCCGCCGACUCCGUCCUGGCUCAGACGUGGUGGCUGAAGCGCAGCGCUUGGCUGCGGCUGCGGCGGCGGCUGCUGCGGCGGCGACAGCGGAGGCGGCGGCGGCUGUGCGUUAAAGAUGCUUUCAAAGACAUUUCCAUUUACUUCUCCAAGGAAGAAUGGGCCGAGAUGGGAGAGUGGGAGAAAAUUCGCUAUAGGAAUGUGAAAAGGAACUAUAAUAUGCUGAUAUCCAUAGGUCUCAGAGCCCCUCGACCAGCUUUCAUGUGUCACCAAAGGCAAACCAUCAAAUUGCAGAUGGAUGACACUGAGGAUUCUGAUGAAGAAUGGACACCUAGGCAACAAGUCAAACCUCCUUGGGUGGCCUCCAGAAUAGAACAAAAUAAACACCAGAAGGGAAUGCCUGGGGUGCUGUUAAGUAAUGAAUCUAAUUUGAAAGAAUUGUCAGGAACAACAAAUUUACUGAACACAAGUGGCUCAGAACAUGUCCAGAAACCAGUGUCCCCUCACAGAGAAGUAACUACCUCUGGACAGCACUCCAGACAAAAAUUGGAACUCAGGAGAAAGGAGGUCGAAGUGAAGAUGUACAGCCUGCGAGAAAGGAAGGACCGUGCCUACGAAGAGGUCAGCGAGCCCCAGGAUGACGACUACCUCUAUUGUGAUAAGUGCCAGAACUUCUUCAUCGACAGCUGUGCUGCUCAUGGGCCCCCUACCUUCGUAAAGGACAAUGUAAUAGAGAAGGGCCAUUCCAACCACUCAGCCCUCAGCCUGCCCCCCGGGCUGAGAAUUGGACCUUCGAGCAUCCCGGAAGCUGGGCUAGGUGUAUGGAAUGAGGCAUCCAGUCUGCCACUGGGUCUGCACUUUGGCCCCUACAGGGGCCAGAUCACAGAGGAUGAAGAGGCAGCCAACAGCGGGUACUCCUGGCUGAUCACCAAGGGGAGAAACUGCUAUGAGUAUGUGGAUGGGAAGGAUGAAUCUCAGGCCAACUGGAUGAGGUAUGUGAACUGUGCCCGGGAUGACGAGGAGCAGAACCUGGUAGCCUUUCAGUACCACAGGCAGAUCUUCUACCGAACCUGCAAGGUUGUCAGACCUGGCUGUGAGCUGCUGGUGUGGUACGGGGACGAGUACGGCCAGGAGCUGGGCAUCAAGUGGGGCAGCAGGUGGAAGAAGGAGCUCUCAGCAGGGAAAGGGCACCACUGUGGUUCCUUGAACAAAGGAGAGAAAUCAUUCCCCCUGAGAAUUUUCAUAUUCCAACUCUCAAGUAGAGUCACGUGCAGUCUAAAGCCACAAAACCAAAGUCAGAGAUCCAUCCUUGUCCCUCAUGCUCUCUGGCCUUCUCCAGUCAGAAAUUCCUCAGUCAACAUGUGGAUCGCAGUCACCCCUCUCAGAUCUUCCCAGGAACAUCUGCAAGAAAAAACCUCAAACUAGAGGAUUCCUAUCCAAGGGAUCCUCUUCAAGAACAGCAUCAUCCUGAUCCACACAGCUGGAAUGACGAAACUGGAGGUCAAGAAGUCAAAGGAAGAUCCACAGGAGCCAUGCGGGAAGAGUCCUGCGGAAGAUGUCCUCACCCAGACCACAUCAGGGCUUCUGCGACGAGAUGCACAACAGAGACCUAGGCUUGUGCUUUGUCCCCAGUUCCUGGCCUGUAGCUCCUAA